GUCCGAUAACACCGGGGCUGUUUGGUGCUAUGUUAAUCCACAAUACGCGGGAUGUAAAGAUCUUCAGAAGUCUGAAAGAUUCUCCCAGUACUGGUCCUAUGAAGCAUGUGCUACCCCUGAGAUUGGAAGCUAUCAAUGCAACGGCGGAGGAGGUUACGGUAGUGGACUUAACUCUGCAAAUUCAGGAUCAGCCAAUUCUAUUUGGGUAAAUUCUGGACCUUCCGGAUAUAAUUCUGGUUCUUCUGGAUACAAUUCUGGUUCUUCUGGAUACAAUUCUGGUUCUUCUGGAUACAACUCUGGGUCUGCUGGAUACAACUCUGGGUCUUCUGGAUACAACUCUGGGUCUUCUGGAUACAAUUCUGGUUCUUCUGGAUACAAUUCUGGUUCUUCUGGAUACAAUUCUGGGUCUUCUGGAUACAACUCUGGGUCUGCUGGAUACAACUCUGGGUCUUCUGGAUACAACUCUGGGUCUUCUGGAUACAACUCUGGGUCUUCUGGAUACAACUCUGGGUCUUCUGGAUACAAUUCUGGAUCUUCAGGAUACAAUUCUGGAUCUUCCGGAUACAAUUCUGGUUCUUCCGGAUUCAAUUCUGGUUCUUCCGGAUACAAUUCUGGUUCUUCUGGGUACAAUUCUGGAUCUUCUGGUUAUAAUUUUGGGACACCGGUUUCUAAUUCUGUUUGGAUCAACACCGGCUCUCCAGGGUAUAGCUCUGGCUCAUCAUCUAACCUAGGAUCCAGCUAUAGCUCAGGUUCAUCUAGCUAUACUCCUGGGACAUCAAGUUUCAACUCAGGUUCAUCUAGCUAUACCCCGGGGACAUCAAGUUUCAACUCAGGAUCAACUGGAUUUAACACUGGAUCCAGCGGUUACAGUUCAGGAUCCAAUUUUAACGGAGGAUCAUCGGGAUCUAACUCAGGACUGGUAAAUGUCCCAAUUAGUUAUUCAGGGACAUCAGGGUCCGCUGCAGGAUUGACAAUAGUACCCAUCUCUAGCAGUGGUUCCAACUCUGGAGUAAAUACUGGAUACGGAUUAAACGGUCUGAGUUCUGGUUCAGGGUUAUCUUUAUCCCAGAUCCUACAGUCCAGGAAAACUAAAGCUGGAGAUGCAGUCAAGUUUGUUUAGCUGUCCUUGUGUCGGUGAUUCAGAAAUUCUCUAAACAUCUAUAACCUGGUUUAAUGUCACAGAUCAGGUAGACAGUAUGCAGCGUUGAUCCGGACAGGAUUUACUAAUCUGUACAGCUGAUAUUGAUGUAUAUCUCAAGAUAAUUGCAAUCAAUCAAGAUGUGUAUUUUGAGGUUAUCAUAUAAGUUGUUCGCAUUAUUGUCUGUAUAUCAGCUCUCCACGAUGGGUCAAGUGGUUCUAUAAGUACUUUUAUUCAGUAAUCAUAAAAAUACAAAUAUUUUCUUUCUCUAAGCCCAUUGCUCAUUUUUAACUGAACAUUGCGGCUUUGCAUUUCUUGAACCUGACACGUACCGACUUGUUAGACGCCUGGGCUUCAACCCAGUGUGCUAUCUUCCUGAUCUGUGUUUAAUGUAAAAUUAUUGUAAAUUCUGCAUCAUGUGCAACAUUAUAAACAAGAACUUUUACUAAUAAUGAAAUUUUGGACAUUUUAAAUUUCUCAGACUAACCAACCUCUCAAGAUAUUACCAAUAUAUUGCUAAAUUGUCAAAAAUCUUGCCUUAUGUCUAAAGAAUAAUUUUUAUAUUUGCAGACUCUAUUGAUAUUCAUGUUUCAAUCAGUUUUUAUUUUGUGAAUAAACAAACUUCAUGUAGUUAUGUAAAAAUAAGUGAUUAUACAAUUAAAAAUAAGUGUGAUAACUAAACUUUAACUAUGAAGCAAUUACUAAUAUUUUCAUUUGAAUCCAAAGGUUCUGUAUAGAAUUGGAGACUUAAUUAUUAACCGCCCUUCAAAGAAAUCUAUAUUUUAUUUCAAGCCACUGUUUGGAAAUAUCGUGCUGACUUUAAGGCAGGUAUAUUGUACACUGCGUUAUUAACCAAAAUACGUAUUUCAGCAACGAUUCCUAUUUUUCAAAUAUGUAUACGUAUUCAAAAGACGUAACAUUUUCGAACAGUAUAUGUACAUUGACUAGAGGCCUAAACGGGACAGUCCGCCAAAUAAACAAAAUCAUUUUCUUCUUGUGAGAUCAUUGUGUGGGGUACAUAGCAUGUCAAUCGUAUUAAGCUGUUCAGCACAGGCAGAGAAAUAAUUGGAACCUGAGAAGGAUACUUAUCUCAUGGGAAAGAAAAAAGAAUUAAUCAUCAAACAUAAAAAUACUGUUCUGUUCCCUUCUUAAUUUUCGCAACCAUUUACAUUAAUCUGCAUGAGGUUUUGAAAAUAAACAAAUUUUUGAAAA